AUGGAAAAAAGAACAAUUCCAAAUUAAAAAUUAGUGAAUUUAAGUGAAUAAACAACGUCCGAAAUUAUGGAAUAGUAAUACCAAAACGCUAACUUAGAGUGUAAAGGUUUUGAUUUAAUUUAAGUAUUGAGCAAUUCUAAUCGUUGCAACUACAAUGAAUUAAGUUCGACAUAAAAAAUUUUAAUAUCGUCAAAUGAAAUUAUUCAAAAUAAAACUUAGCACUUAUAAUUAGAUUAGACUCCUAAAAUUAAAAGCAGCUUAGAAAAUACUGAAGAAAAUAGUCUUUCUAAGUCAGAAAAUAAAACAUUUCAUGAAAAAAUUUAAAUUGAACAAAUUUCUUAUGAAAAUGAAAACAAGGCUAAAAGUCCAAAAAUAAAGUUACAAAAAGUGAAAUUAUAAUAACAAUAACCUUCAAUUGACAGCAGGCACAUUUCAAAAAUAGAAAAAUUAAAAAGACAUUUGAUUACUAAGUUAGAGAUACCAUAAUGCAAAAAAAGGAUAUCUUAUGUUAAAUUAGCAGUGCUAUUGAGUGUUUUCGGUAUAUUAUCCAUUUGGGCUUUGACAAUAGCUUAUUAUUUUCUUGCUAGAACUUUGUUCAUAAAUCAAAGAGACAAACUUAUUCAUGUUUCUUUACCAAUGAGUCUGAGGUCUCUAUCUUCAACUUAAAUGUAUUACUCUUAGUAUAUUAGGUAUGUUGAUGAGGAUAUUUUCCCUGGUAUAAAGUAAGAUAAAUCUUGGCAGGAGUUUAAAUUAACUAAUAUAUAGAGAAUUAAGUAAGAUAAUUAGUAAUUUGAUGAUAUUAUGACUCAAAUAAUUAGAAGCGACAAAUAAUACUACCCAUAUUUUUAAAAUACAACUCAAAUACCAUUCACAUUUACAUGGCUUAGAGAUGAUAAAAGCUUUAAUCGAGUAAAGACGAAUUAAACUACUUCUUAUUUUUACUUUCUAUUUAUUUAUUUUAAUAUGGUACAUCGUUAUUCUACACAAGUUUAUGAUGUAUUAAAUGAAGAAGCAUUUGAUGUAAAUAACUUUCUUCAUUUUAAUACUAUAUUAACUGAGUUAUAAGAUAUUAUUGAAUAAGAUGCUUAAUAAAAUAUGGUUUAUAUUACUUAAAAUUAUCAACAAAUGUCUUACAUAGUAAUAGCAAUAUCAUGUAUGAUACUGAUAUAACUUUUAACAAUAAAAUACAGCAUUACUCUUAAUAACUAAAGCUAUUUAAAGCUAAUUACUACUUUUUCACCUGAGGCUUUAACUGAAAUAAGAAAAGAGCUUGACAUAGUUUAAAAAAAUUUUGAAUAUUUUAAAAAUAACCAAUACCUUUAUCAAGUAACAAACAAUGCAUAAGUUUCUUAAACUUAUUAAUAAGGUAAAAAUUAUUUUAAACAAAACGAAUUCCUGCAUGGUAUUUAAAAAAACUAGAAAAGAAAAAUGAUCUCUGUAACAACAAAUUUACCCAUUUUUUCCUUCAAAUUAUUAUUAAUCUAAGCAUUAAUAAUUACUUGUUUAGUCUUACCUCCUUAGAUAGUUUCUUACAUUACUUCUUUGCAAACUCAGGAAUGUCAAACAAACCUUUCUCAAAUGAAUCUCCUUUAUGAUAUGAAAAGCUAAAUCGCAAGUAAUAUGUACUUAAAUAUAGGAUUAAUAUAUCAAAGAAUGAACCCAAAUAACUAAAUUUAUUUGCAAGAUGAAUAUGACAAUGAGAUGCCAAUAUUUACUUAAUUAAAUUCUUAAAGUCUAUCAGAUUUAAGCAAUUUUAUGAGCAAGACUAUAGAUUAGAAAAGAUUUUAUUAAAAUUAUUAUAACAACUUCUUCUAUAAAAUUCUUAAAGAAAAUAUCUGUGACCCAAUAUAAAAUUUUCCUCAAUUUACUAACUUUACAGCAACUAACUUUCAAUACUAAGAUUGCAAAAAAAUAAGAAACUAAAUUUUAACAAAAGGUUUUUAAAUUUCAGUUACUUAUUUUUAUGAUUAGAUAAAACCAAUCUAUGAAAUACUUAGUGAUCCACAAGAUAUGAAUUCAAAAAUAAUAUUUUAGAAGUGGUUUUAACAAUUUAACUUGCUUGAGUUCGAUUAGUAUGUUGAUUACAUGCUUAAUACUAUUAACAUCCUCAAAAACUUUAUCAUUUAAAUGAGUAAUGAUUAUUUAGAGUAUAUGGAUUUUCUUUAGAUUAUAAUAAUGAUUUCAUACAACUCUUUUAUCAUAAUUCUUUGCAUAUUUUUAACUAGAUACGUAGGAGUGUACAUUGAAUAAGAGUCUCGAUUUUCCAAACAAAUCUUAGAAAUAAUUUCUUUAGAUCAUAUAAUAAGCAACAAUUACAUUAUCAAUUAAUUAUAAAAAUGA